UCCAUAGUGUUUAGAUCCACCUAUUCUUCCAGUAUAAAUAGAGUGAGAUGGACAGUUGUAUCUCAGAGUCUACUGCUGCUUGCUCAAGCUUUUAUCCUACACAUCCUCUUCAGGAGCCUAAAAACCCAAACCACAGCCAUGGAAGGAGCACCAAACCCCUCCAAGAAGCCUUCUGGCAGCCAACAGAGCUCGACCUCAAUUGCAGUAAGCCAAGGAAGCAGCCAAACCCCAAACAGUGGUCAACAGAGCCAGGGAAGUGGACAAGACAGUGGAUACCAAGGGCAAACUGGCAGCAGCUCCCAGUAUGGCAGCGGACAACAACAAGAUCAAAGCAGUGGCCAGCAGGGCAGUGGAAAUCAACAAGGACAGGAUCAGAGCAGUGGUCAGCAGGGUAGUGGAUAUCAACAAGGACAGGAUCAGAGUGGUGGUCAGCAGGGCAGUGGAUAUCAACAAGGACAGGGUCAGAGCAGUGGCCAGCAGACUGGGGGAAAUCAGGGCAGUGGGCAACAAAGUUCUGGAACCCAGCAAGGAGGACAAAGUCAAGGACGUGGACAGGAUUCUUCUUACAACUUUAGACAAGGAAAAGAUAAGUAAUAGACCUGUGGUUUGCCCUCCAAUAUCUAUAUAUACCUCAUGAUAAUUACUGUCCCUUCAUCCUUACUAAAUUAUUCUAUAGCCAAAGCAUAUGAAUAAAAUUCUGUUGUGAUUACAGCAAUUUAAUGUCUCCUCUUGUCAUUUAAGUCAACCAAUAUGAAAAGGGCUCAUUACCUACUAAAUAACUCAC